AUGACAAAUUAUAGAAGAAGAAAUUGUGGACAUGUCUUAAAUGAUACGAUUAAUCGAUGGCCCCAAGACGAAAUCGGCAUAUUGGAUGGAAAUUGUUCUUUUAACGUUGGCUAUUUGGGAAGCGUUGAAGUAUCGGAACCCACAAAUUCAAAAAUAUGCCGUGAAUCAUUUGCUAAACUAUAUCAGGAAUAUAAGACAGGAAUUUCUCAUCCGAAUUCUGCAAUUUUGUGGAUAACAGGUUACGAAUUAAGAAUUGUUGAAAAAAAAUCAAAGGGUUUAAUUCUGGCUCAUACUAUUGAAAAUGUAAUAUUUUGUGCAUCGGCUGCAGGCAACACAGAUCAAUUAUUUUAUACCAGCAGAGACUCUAGCAAUAACCGAUGGCUAUGUUAUUUGAUUAUUGUUACAGAUUUUUCGAGCGACCGACUAUGUAGGGCAGUGGGAUUUGCAUUUAAAGUAUGUCUGAGACGAAAAACUGUACGGGAAGGAUCUGCAACAAAUACAACAACAAGUACCAGAUCCAUAGGUUAA